AUGUCUCUGACAAUGCAGCUCUUGUUCUUUGUCCUGCUUCCUGUGGCCUUUCGCCUUCCCCCUGGGUCUCAGGCUGGUGAGAUCAUCGGGGGUCGGGAAGCCAAGCCCCAUUCCAGGCCCUACAUGGCCUAUUUGGAUAUACGACGUGGAGACAAAAGGUCUUACUGUGGAGGGUUCCUGGUGUCGGAGAACUUUGUGCUGACGGCCGCUCACUGCAAUGGAGACAACAUCACUGUAUACCUGGGAGCCCAUAACAUUCAACAACAGGAACAGAGUCAACAGAAAAUCUCCGUGCGCUGCCAAAUCCCCCAUCCGCAAUACGAGAGAGAGACCCUUAACAAUGACAUCAUGCUGCUGCAGCUGGCAGAGAGAGCGAAGCUGAAGAGAGAGGUGGGUACCAUCGCCCUGCCCCGCGCCAAUGAGAUUGUAAAGCCAGGGACUUGGUGCAGCGUCGCUGGCUGGGGCAGAACUAGCACAGAGAGUGAAUCGACCUCAGCCACGCUCCGGGAGGUGUAUGUGAUGGUGAUGCCGGAUGCCAAGUGUCCGAAGGAUCCUUAUGGGCCAUAUAAUAACUAUAACCCCUCCACCAUGAUGUGUGUGGGGGACCCAGCACAGUGCAAAGACUCUUCAAAGGGCGACUCUGGAGGCCCCCUGUUGUGUGGGGAAACAGCCCAGGGCAUCGUCUCCUGGGGGCCUUGCAGAACUCCUGGAGUGUACACAAGAGUCUCCACCUUCAUCCCCUGGAUACGGGCGACGAUGAGGAGGCUGCAGCCCUGAGCCAAGCCAGGAAUCGCUGCACAGGCUGGAGAGGCGCCGCUUCUGUCCUUUGGCUUGGCCCAGAUGUAGAGCCUGCUUUGCAGAGGGGCUGAUCCCCCACCAAGCUGAGCCCCACCCCCCACUAACUGCCCCAGCCAUCGCGCCACUCAGGCAGUGCCCAGCCCAUGAGCAUCAAGGCAGGGAGCCCAGGGGAUUUAGGAGCCAGGCUCAAGGCCAGCUCCUCUCGGCUCCCUGGAAAAUCCCAACCCAGACCCUUAGGCUGCCUCUUCGCUAGGGAAACAGCUGGUUUA